AUGGUGACUCCACCCACGAGCGAAGACCUUGAGGCGCAGCCAGGACAGCUUAGGCGCAUCGGGGCCGGAGUCGGUCACGUCGUGCAUGGCUUAAUCUUUGAAUUCGAUGGUGGCAUACGCAAAGGUUGCCUCUUGGAUGAUGACUGUGCGAAGAUGGACAUCUGCGAUGAUGUUGCUUGCAAGAAGCGAAAAGUCAAGUGGCAUUCGGUCGCGGCAGAUGAUUUCAUAUUUAAAGUUUGUGGCUAUGGCUCCAAGCCUAUUCAAGAGACCAAAAUGUUCCUUUGCCACACAGUUACAUUCACAACUCGCUUGGGGAAGACGAUUACGUUUGAAGGGAAGAAGAAGUGGAAGAAGGGGGAUGCCUUCCCUAGCCUCAAGGCCGGCAAGGACUUCGAGAUCUGCAGGCUGAUCUUCUCAGAAGGCUGCGUCAUUGGGGCCCUAGAGAGGCCCCUUGUCGCUUCUUUCCCUCAACAUCUUGUCAAAGCGGACGAGACAGGUUCUCUGGGCUUCCACUGUCCGGAGUUUCCGCGGGAAGAUGGCAUCCGGGUGCAUCCAGGUGGCUGGGCGGAGACAGAGGGCUUGCGAAACUUCGAUAGCCUCGUGAAAGUCAGCGGAAAGCUGACGCGGGAGAUGCGCUCCUCAGAGGAGCUUCAAGCUGCACUCAGCGCACGUCCACUCAAGCUGACCUUCAUGAAGAAGGUGCCCCAUAAGGCCACUUCGACAGAUGAACUGCAGCAGGUUAAGCUGGUUGAAGGAUCAGCAUCCCUGGACACGUGUGCAGAUGCUGUGCUGAAUGAAGGCAAUGCAGCUCCCGGACAAUCUGGCACUACCGAAAUGCAGCCACAGCCCCAAACGGCGCCCAAGAAGCGGAAUCGCUGGCAAAGAGGAGUGGACCCCCUCCGGCAGCCUAUUCCGCAUCACAGGCCCGUGGAAUUCACAGGAGGAUUAGAGGCGAUGCCAGCAGCGGAACGAAGGCCAGCCCCGGAUUUCGACCCCGCAUCGUGUGGUGGGCCUUACGAGUGGAACCUCGCCGAUAUAGCCGGGCCCACAUCCUCGGACCGGGUGUUGGCCUGGGGGGCCAAUGCCAGGUAUCAGCUGCCACAGCCGCCGAGUUCUAAGGCAUGCGAUUCGGACGUGGAUCGCUUUUUGAAAAGCUUCUUCGAGACGCGGAAAGGUCCAGAUGGGAAGUCGCUCGAAUCCUUGCUGGGGGAACCUGCAGCCGGGCUGCAGUUACGGCGGUUACGAGUUCUAGUGUGGUUCAUGUGUUUCCGCUUGGAUCCUUCCCAGGCUCCGUACAGUGACGGUUGGUGGCGCAUCCCGUGGAUGCCAAUGGAGGACACCUACCGCAAAUUGCUGCGGCAGGGCGGCUGGCAGCGUGGCUGGCACGGCUGCAAGAUGGAGGCUCUCUACUCCAUCAUAUACCAUGGGGAGCUCUUCCCGAGCAGCGACGAGUCGAAAGGUGACCGAAUGCUUGCCGGCUGUCCUGGGGUCUAUUUGCACCGGGACAGUUUGCACCACAAGGCGGAGAGACGAAAGAUGAAGGUGGAGAACUACAUGCGCUGGAUUCCGAUGUGUGGCGACGGCCUCUUCUGGGCGGCAAAGUGGGAAGUGGUGUAUGCUUCCUGGGGGAGCGUAAAGCGCGGCAAGAGGACCGACCAAGUAAUACAAAGUGCGGAGUCGGUCGAGCUGGCAGCACUCUGGCUUUCGGUGCGAUCCGCGAGCAUGCUGCCAGAAGGGACCCCUGUGCAGGCCAAGUGGUCCCCGGAGCGUGAGGCCAACCCGCGCUGGAACCAGUCCCGGCGACGCACGAGCGCUUUGAUGGCCUUGGAGGAUCUCUCUAGGAGCGAGCCGGCCAAAGGGCUCCUGGCGCUAGAAGACUGGGCAGCGGCCCCAGCAGUGAAGGAGCAACAGGCUCCUUCCGACCUUCACCUUUGGCCCACUCUGGGUGAAGCUGACUCUAUCGACAAAGAUGCGGCCGCCGCAAAGCGGCUGGCGCGCAAGUGCUCUCAGAGUUCCCGCACGCCGUCGAGCUCUGCUGGCUCUUCGCCGGUGGCUGGCCCAAGUGUCCCACCGGACUCUGUCCCAACACGGCGGUGGGACCGAAAGCAUUCGGCGUGA